AUGCAGAAAUCGACGGCGAUUGCGAUUGCAUCGACGACGAAGAGAUUUCUUCAUCGGAAUCUUCUGCGAAAAGGUAAUCUCGCCGGAGCUUCUCUUCCUUCGUUUAGCCAUUGCGGUUUCUGUUGCUGCUGGGUACGAGCUUAUUCUAGCAUCACUGAUUUCCGAGAGAGAUUAAGCAAAACUCGGCUUCGUGAUAUUAAGCUCGAUGAUGCAAUCGAUUUGUUCAGUGAUAUGGUCAAUUUUCGUCCGAUUCCUUCCAUUGUCGAUUUCAAUAGAUUAUUGAGCGUCAUUGUGAAGAUGAAGAAGUAUGAUGUUGUGAUUUCUCUGGUGAAGAAGAUGGAGAUUUCUGGGAUUCGAUAUGAUGUUUAUACAUUCAAUAUUUUGAUUAAUUGUUUCUGUAGCUGUUUUCAAGUCUCUUUUGCUUUAUCUGUUCUUGGGAAGAUGUUGAAACUUGGUUAUGAGCCUGAUAGAGUCACGCUAGGUUCUGUCGUUAAUGGAUUUUGUCGAAGGAAUAGGGUUUCUGAUGCUGUUUAUUUUGUUGAGAAAAUGGUGGAAUUAGGAUAUAAACCUGAUAUUGUUGCUUAUAAUUCGAUCAUUGAUGGUUUGUGCAAAGCCAGACGGGCGAAUGAUGCGCUCAACUUUUUCGAGGAAAUUGAAAGCAAAGGAAUUAGAAUUAGACCGAAUGUUGUUACCUACACUUCUCUCGUAAAGGGUCUUUGUAAUUCGGGUAGAUGGAGCGAUGCAGCGCGACUGUUGAGUGAUAUGAUCAAGAAGAAAAUUAGCCCUAAUGUGAUCACUUACAGCGCAUUGGUCGAUGCAUUUGUGAAAAAUGGGAAGGUUUUAGAGGCUAAAGAACUGUAUGAGGAGAUGAUUCGAAUGUCUAUCAAUCCUGAUAUUGUCACUUACAGUUCAUUGAUCAAUGGUCUUUGUAUGCAUAAUCGCAUAGAUGAGGCAAGGCAAAUGUUUGAUUUGAUGGUAAGCAAGGGUUGUUUAGCAGAUGUGGUGAGUUAUAACACUCUUAUAAAUGGAUUUUGCAAGUCGAAUAGAGUAGAAGAUGGGAUGAAACUGUUCCGCGAGAUGUCUGAAAGAGGAUUGGUUAGCAAUACAGUCACUUACAACACUCUUAUACAAGGGUUUUUUCAAGCAGGCGAUGUUGAUAUGGCUCAAGAAUUUUUUAGUCAGAUGGAUUCUUUUGGUGUCUCUCCCGAUAUUUGGACGUAUAAUAUUUUGUUAAGUGGUCUUUGUGACAACGGAGAGCUAGAGAAAGCACUGGUGGUAUUUGAAGAUAUGCAAAAGAGGGAAAUGGAUCUUGACAUUGUCACAUAUACUACUAUCAUCCAAGGAAUGUGCAAGACUGGUCAGGUUGAAGAUGCUUGGGGUUUAUUUUGUAGCCUCGACCUCAAAGGAAUGAAGCCUGAUGUUGUAACAUACACUACAAUGAUGUCAGGCUUGUGUAGGAAAGGCCUACAUCGUGAAUUAGAUGCAUUGUAUACCAAACUGAAAGGAGACGGGCUUAUGCUGAAUGACUGCAAACUAUGUCUUGGAGAUGGUGACAUAACCGCAUCAGCCGAGCUUAUCAAAGAAAUGUUGAGCCGGGGCUCUGCACCAUCCUUGCUUGGAGACAUAAAAUCUGAGGGAUGCAAAAAAGUUGUGUCUCUCUUGUAA